UUCACCCCACAUGAGUCUUUCUUUCCCUUUCUUUCUACGUACAUUCCAAGAGCAUCAGGGUAUAUAACUUCUAAAUUCCCAAUUUCUAUCUUUGUGGCUACAAACACAUCUUCAUAUUUCCCAUAAAAAGACACCAACUUUCUCAAUACCCAUAUCAAAUUGUUCAAAACCCACUUGGGGAUUUUGUUAAUCUUGUUAAAUUUGUUAUCUUUAUCCUCUAUGAGUUAAUCAGUUUCAAGAAUUGGUUAACAAUAGCUAUGCAGUCAUCAUCUUCUUCUUCAUCAUCAUAUGUGCCUUUAGAAACCAGUAAUGUGUUCAAUUUGUUACCCAAAUUGAGCACCUUUUCAUUCGAUUCAACUGUUAGUAGAAUAACCUUAGAUGGGUGUCCUUCAAUCGUGUCAAAUUUCGCUCAUUCUGAUAGAAAAAUUGGGGAUUUUUUGGGGAGAAAGAAGAGGUUAAACAUUGUGGGUUCUUUGAGUUCCGGAACUAGAGGUGGGUCUGGGUUUAAUAAGUUUUUUAGUGAGUUUAAUAACUUUGUUAGGUUUCAUUGUGAGAGGAUACCACUUGGGUUCGAUUCGGUUAACGUUAAUCCGGUGAAUGAGUGCGGGUCAGGAGAGCAAAAUGGUGGUGGUUUGGAGGAUGGAGCAUUGCCAUUAAGUGAGGCUGUGUCGAAUGGUAAGAAAAAGGUGUUGAUUUUGAUGAGUGAUACAGGGGGUGGUCAUAGAGCUUCUGCUGAAGCGAUUAAGUGGGCGUUUAACGAGAAGUUUGGUGAUGAAUAUGAGGUGUUUGUGACUGAUCUGUGGACGGAUCAUACUCCGUGGCCGUUUAAUCAGUUGCCGAGAAGUUACAACUUUUUGGUUAAACACGGUUCUUUGUGGCGGAUGACGUAUUACGCGUCUGCUCCUCGCGUCGUUCACCAGUCGAAUUUUGCUGCAACCUCUACGUUUAUAGCGCGAGAGGUUGCAAAAGGUCUAAUGAAGUACCAGCCCGAUAUAAUCAUCAGCGUACAUCCUUUAAUGCAACACGUACCACUUCGUGUCUUGAGGUCGAAGGGUCUUUUAGACAAGAUAGUGUUUACUACAGUCGUUACGGAUUUAAGCACUUGUCACCCUACAUGGUUUCAUAAGCUUGUAACAAGAUGUUAUUGUCCUACAGAAGAGGUUGCAAAACGGGCCUCAAAAGCGGGCCUCCAAUCUCCUCAGAUAAAAGUUUAUGGUCUCCCUGUUCGACCCUCUUUUGUUAAGCCCGUUAGGCCCAAGGUUGAAUUGAGGAAGGAGCUUGGUAUGGAUGAGGAUCUCCCUGCUGUGUUACUGAUGGGUGGUGGGGAGGGGAUGGGGCCCAUUGAGGCUACAGCCAAGGCUCUUGGGAAUGCGUUAUACGAUGAGAAUCUUGGCCAGCCAAUCGGUCAAGUACUUGUAAUUUGUGGACGCAACAAAAAACUUGCCAGUAAAUUGCUUUCGGCCGAGUGGAAGAUUCCUGUUCAGGUGAAGGGGUUUGUCACUAAGAUGGAAGAAUGCAUGGGCGCUUGUGAUUGUAUUAUUACAAAGGCUGGUCCGGGAACCAUUGCAGAAGCUAUGAUCCGAGGACUCCCCAUCAUUCUAAACGAUUACAUUGCUGGACAGGAAGUUGGGAAUGUGCCAUAUGUGGUGGAAAACGGGUGUGGAAAAUUUUCAAAGUCACCAAAAGAGAUUGCAAAUAUUGUCGGUCAAUGGUUUGGUCCAAAAGCACAUGAGCUCAAAGCUAUGUCACAAAACGCGUUGAGGCUAGCAAGGCCCGAUUCGGUUUUCAAAAUCGUUCAAGAUCUUCACGAGCUUGUUAAACAAAGAAGUUUGACAAUGCAGUAUUCAGCUUCAACUUAGGCGAGAUCAAUUCUAAAGCGACUUGUGUAACCAAAACAAUUUUGACUUUUGUUAGUAGCAAGUUAUGCUUUGAAGGGACUUUUCCCACAAGCAGUCAACAUAUACAAACAAAUACAUGUUUUAAAUCAUAUUAUUCACAUUAUAUGAUUUAGGAUUUGAAUGACUGUUGCUGUUGAAAAUUUGUAAACAAUGUUCAUGAUUAUAGCAUCUAUUAUUUGAAGGA